AUGUCACACACGUGCAUUGUGAAGUACAAGACUGCCUUCUACUCGUUCUACCUUCCUGUUGCCGCCGCCAUGCACAUGGCCGGCAUUAAGGACGAGAAGGCCUUUGCCAACGCCCAGGAGAUUCUGCUUGAGAUGGGCGUGUUCUUCCAGGUGCAGGACGACUACCUCGACUGCUACGGCGCCCCAGAGGUCAUCGGCAAGAUUGGCACAGAUAUCGAGCAGGACAACAAGUGCGGCUGGCUGGUGGUGCAGGCCCUUGACCGCGUCACCCCGGAGCAGCGCAAGAUUCUCGAGGAGAACUACGGGCGCAAGGACCCCGAGUGCGUCAAGCGCAUCAAGGAGUUGUACAAGGAGCUCGACCUCGAGAAGCUGUACCACGAGUUUGAGGAGGCGAGCUACCAGAAGCUGAUGAAGAUGGUUGAGGAGAAAGCCGGCGACCUUCCAAAGGGUAUCUUCACAGACUUUGCCGCAAAGAUCUACAAGCGCCAGAAGUAA